UUUGCUUCUCAGACUGGGACUUUGCAUAAGGGCAAGGCUUUGUCUUUUCUGGGAGGCUUUUUGGGUUUAUCUGGUACUGGCUUGUCUAGUCUGAGAUCCUUCUGCUAUCUUCAAGUAUUGAUUCCUCUGUUCUUUAGGUUUUCUACAAACUUUGGGUAUGUGCUGGGCAGAUUAAGAGAAAAGUGUUAUUGCCCUCCUAGACUGAACUUUCCCAAGGUCAAAACUAGGUCUUAGAAUAAACAAUACAACUGCAGACUUGCUCCUGAGUGAAGCUUUAAUAGACAGUUGUUAGCCCUAGCCUUUGUCUUCUUACUGAACAACUAGGCAGGUUCAAAGUGAUAAAGAUCUAGAAUGACCCCUAGCUCCCUCUACAUACAGCCCUAAAAGCUUAGCUGUAACUCCAGGAUUAGAACUAGCAAACUGCCAGCACAUCCCUGGUCUAUAUCCAGAGUUUGAAUCUAAAAUCUCACUUCUCUAUUAGAAGAACAGAACAAUAGACCACUUCUGGUUUUUCUAGGUUUGCAUUUUAAUUGCUUUUGAAAAUCUUCAAUUAAUAUAUAUGUUAUGUUAGAGACAGAAACUUCUAAUCAACUUGAAAUUCCUUAAAGUUCGUAUUAGUUGUAUAAAGGGGUUGAUUUUGUAGAAAUCAUAGAAGAGGUUUUUCUCAGUUGCCUUUGGGUCACAUUUUCAGCAUAGAUAGUUAAAGCUGAAUGAAUUUCAGUUUCAGUGACACAAUUUGGAAGAAUGUAUCUGGGAAAAGAGGGAUUUUGUAUAUGAUGAAGCUUGAAAAUUCAGUGAAGAACUCUUAAAAUAAAGUAAGUAUAAUUGAGCUAUAGAUGUGUUUGUGCAGCACUUUCCUAGUGAGUUAGAAGUCUACCAUUAACCUAUCUUGAACACUGUGUCCACUUUGUCCGUAGCCUACAUUGUAAGGGAAAAUCCAAAUGUAUGUUUUCCAAGAGAAGAUAAAAAAUUGUGACAACUUGUUUUUUUCCCACACAUAUUAUUGUCACAAGGGGAAAUGAAACUAAGUCAGUAGCUACAAUUUUACUAUGAAUUUUGCAUUUGUCAGUGAGGUUAGGCAGACAGUUUAUUUUUAUCUGUGUUUUACACUGUCCUCUACUGCUCAUUUCCUUUUUGUUAAGACCAGAAACAAGAGGGGUUUGACUUCUUAAUGACACAAACAAAACUUAACUCAUCUUGUUUCAUUACCUCAGUGUUACUACCCUUUUGGGGGAAGGUGGAAAGAGAGAAGGAUUGAAAUCUGGAUUUUUUAUUUAAUUUGUAUAGGUGUGGCAGUUUCUCAUCCCAAAGGAGAUUAGGAAUUGUCUGUAAUUUAUCAUUGUAAAAGUAACACUGAGGGGUAAAGUGACUUAGGUCACACAGGUAGGACUAAUCAAAUUAGUCCUGAUUCUAAGUCUGUCCCCUUUAUUUAUUUAUGUUCCCCUGUCCUCUUGUUGAAUAAUACUUGAAGUGUUAGUGUUUGUAGUUUAAUGCAAAUUGCUUAAUAUUAGGACAACCAGAGUUAUUUAUACUUUGAAAUAUUAUGUAGACAAGGGACACUUUGAAUUUCUUUAAACUCUCUAAUUGUAGGAAUUUCAGACAUGUAGGAAAUGGCUUCAUAAGCACUUUUAAAAUCACACUAUAUUAACAUAACCAUUGCCUGUUUUCCCAAACAUGAAGAAUCAUAGUAUAAAAAGAACGAUUUCUAGAUAUAAAUUCAAAAAAUCCAAAUUGUUCCUAGGGACUUACUAUUUGACUGUGUUCAACUGUUGUUAAUGAUCAUGGUAGAAUGAAUUCAGGGUACUAUAUAGGCCUUCCUCAUUUUAUUUUGAGUGUAUACAUAAGCUAGCAUCUGUCUAUGGUUCCUUCCUUUCAUCAUGAAACUAGCCCAUAUUCUCUUUCAGUCCUGCUUUUAAAUGUUUAGAGAAUAGUGUUCCAUGACUCAUUGUUAAACAACACUGGUAAAAUAUUGAUAUUAAGAAUAUGAGUUUAUGUUUUAGGGAUAAGUUUGGGGUCAUCAGAGGAGCCUUGUUAAAUUAUUUAUAAUGUCAUCUUAUAUUAAGCAAAGGAAGAAAACUAAAAGAAAUAUAAUUUCCAAGACGAAAGAUAGAGGUUUUUUUCACUUUUCAUUAUUUGAAAUCAUCUAUUCCUUGGCUUCCAUAGGUUAUGAAAAUUGAGAUAAAAUGUAGUUAAUUUUAUAGGCCAAUUUAUGUCUAAACUAAAAUGUGUGAAUGGUAUCUUAUUACCCUUUUGUGAGAGGGAAAAACAGUCUUCGAUAGAAACAAGUGUAAAUUUUAAAAAUAAGAAAUGAUUAUGUUUUAGCAGUUUGCUUAAAUUGACCAGCUAAUUAAACUUAUCCAAAGCAGACUAUAGCUUUAGCUUCAGAUCAAUUAAUUGCCCAGUAGUUGGCAUUCUAUUUAGAGUAAUUUAAAAAAAAAAAAAAAAAGAAAGAAAGAAAUUGUAGGGGCAGCUACUUGGUGUAGUGGAUAGAACACUAGCCCUGAAGUCAGGAGGACCUGAGUUCAAAUCUGCCUUAGACACUUAAUACUUGCUGUGUGACCCUGGGCAAGUCACUUAACCUUGAUUGCCUCAGCCAAAAAAAAAAAAAAAAAAGAAAGAAAGAAAUUGUAUAGAAUACUGUUGUACCAAGUUAAGAUGGUUGAUAGUGUUUUUGAAACCAUUAAUCCUAUCACUGUAAUAUUUUGUGACUCUAAUGCAGACCCAGACUGUAGAAUAUGGGAUUAGCAAUUGCCUUCUAGGAACCCAAUCUGUGAACCUGAGUCCCAAAUUGGGGGAGCAGCCCAGAUGGGGCAUCAGGUGGGCAAGACAAAGUUCAGUCAUAUGUUAAAGUUUUCAACUAUUCUUCCUCAAUAAAUCUAAUUUACUUAUGGGGGAAGAAGGGGGAGAGUCUGCAUUUUUAUAAAUUACUAUUUUAAAGUGAGAAGCUUUGAACACUAGGAAAAAAGUGAAGGAAAGAAUGAGAUGAUACCCUAGUAACUUCCUCUAGAAGUUCACCCCAACCCCUGAAUUCACAUUGGAAUCAUCCUCUACCCUUUUAACUCUCUCUCUUUCUGAUUAGAUGACUCCUCCCAGAACCUCCAUUUAAGAAGGAUGCCCAAGCCAGCCAUGUCCUCAUUCCACUUCAGACUGUACUCUAGACUUUACCCUGCUCUGCUGCCAGCACCUCUAGUCCCUCUAUGGGGGAUAGUGUCUCUGACUUCAAGUCCUCCUUAGUUUUCCUCUUUGGCCUGGAACAGAAACAAAGAAUUCUAUAGCCUUUUGGAAGUGCCUGUAGCCAGCAGCGCUUCUACCCCACUGCUUCUGCACUCACCAGUUACAUUUUCUCUCAAGACCAUGGAGAAGAAUGUUUUUCAAAGACAGCAUAAUAUUUAAGAAAAAACUCAGGUGCGGAGUUUCUCUUCAUCUGUCAUGCUGGAAAAGAAGUACUCCUUCAGAAAAAUAACCUUUUGGCUACCUGAAUUUAUGAGUUUAUUUGCAUGUUAUUAAUUCUUAUGUUAUUGCAACAAUAUUCCCCUUCUGAUAUAUAAUAAGUUGAAGACAUUUGCUCCUGCUUCUGCUCAACAACUACCACUCUAUGAAGAUGCUUAAUAUGGCUUUAAAUGGAUUCUUCAUAAUUUUGGUUUUGUCAUUUGGAACAACAGUUGCUUUUGGUCCAAUACCUAGAAUCACUUGGGAGCAAAAAGAAGUACGUCUUAUACAUUUUCAUGAGCCAGGAAUCUCAAACUAUUCAACUUUGUUGCUAAGCAAAAUAAAAGACACUUUAUACAUAGGAGCCAGAGAAGUGAUUUUUGCUGUGAAUUCACUUAACAUUGCUGAAAAACAGCAUGAGGUAUACUGGAAAGUUACUGAUGAUAAAAAAGCCAAAUGUUCUGAAAAGGGCAAAUCUAAACAGACAGAGUGCCUCAACUAUAUCCGAGUCUUACAACUUCUUAAUGAUAGUGCCCUAUAUGUAUGUGGUACUAAUGCAUUUCAGCCAACUUGUGAUCAUCUGCUUUUAAAAACAUUUGAACUUGUUGGUAAAAAUGAAGAUGGUAAAGGGAGGUGUCCGUUUGAUCCAGCACAAAGCUACACAUCCGUUAUGGUUGAUGGGGAGCUGUACUCUGGAACAUCCUACAAUUUCUUGGGAAGUGAACCCAUCAUUUCUAGAAAUUCUCCUCAGAGUCCCUUGAGAACAGAAUAUGCAAUUCCUUGGCUUAAUGAACCUAGUUUUGUCUUUGCUGAUGUGAUCAGAAAAAAUCCAGAUAGCACAGAUGGAGAUGAUGACAAAAUCUAUUUCUUUUUCACGGAAGUGUCUGUGGAGUAUGAAUUUUUUGGAAAAUUGUUGAUUCCCAGGAUAGCUAGAGUGUGUAAGGGGGACCAAGGAGGCUUACGGACUUUACAGAAGAAAUGGACCUCCUUCCUAAAAGCCAGAUUAAUCUGUUCCUUACCAGAGAAAAACUUUAUCUUCAAUGUGAUCAAUGAUGUUUUUAUUCUCAAAUCUCCAGAUUUAAAAGAACCAAUAUUUUAUGCAGUUUUCAGUCCACAAUUGAAUAAUGUGGGUCUGUCAGCAGUAUGUGCAUACAACAUGUCCCUUGUGGAAGAAGUUUUCUCCAAAGGAAAAUACAUGCAGAGUGCCACUGUGGAACAGUCCCAUACAAAGUGGGUUCGUUACAGUGGAGAAAUUCCCAAACCUCGACCAGGCGCGUGCAUCAACAAUGAAGCAAGAGCAGCCAACUACAGUAGCUCCUUGAACUUGCCAGACAAAACACUUCAAUUUGUGAAAGAUCAUCCUUUAAUGGAUGACUCUGUGUUUCCAAUAACAAAUAGACCCAGACUUAUAAAAAGAGAUGUGAAUUAUACACAAAUUGUGGUUGAUAGGAUCCAGGCACUUGACAAAACAGUAUAUGAUGUCAUGUUCAUUAGCACAGACACAGGGGCUUUGCACAAAGCAGUCAGCUCUGAAAAUGGUAUGCAUAUCAUUGAGGAAACUCAACUUUUCCAAGAUUUUGAACCAGUUCAGACUCUUCUGCUCUCCUCUAAGAAGGGCAAAAGAUUUAUCUAUGCUGGUUCCAAUUCUGGUGUGGUUCAGUCUCCUGUUGCUUUUUGUGAAAAACACAGCACAUGUGUAGAUUGUGUGCUAGCCAGGGAUCCCUAUUGUGCUUGGAAUCCACGAAAAGCCUCAUGUGUUGAUAUCUUCAAAGAACAUGGCAGCAACAGCAGUCUGAUUCAAAAAAUGAAUGGUGACGCAUCCUCGUGCACUGAUAAAGGUGAAAAAGUAAAAGAAAAUUACCUGCUGCAUUUUGGAGGCACAGCAGAACUAAAGUGUUCUCAAAAGUCCAAUUUGGCCCAAGUAAUUUGGAAGUUCCAGAAUGGUGUACUAAAGGUGGAGAGCCCUAAGUACCGCCUUGUGGGAAAGGCCUUGCUCAUAUUCAACUUAUCAGAAGGGGACAGUGGGGUUUAUCAGUGUUUAUCUGAAGAAAAGGUGAAGAAUAAGAAAUUCUCUCAAGUGAUUGCUAAGCAUGUUUUGGAGGUGAAAAAGAUCUCCCACACUACUACUGUGAGCCCUACUUUGACAGCAGCACAAACAGAAGCCUCAUCUCCUAUACCUUUCCCUCCUACUGGUACCUCCUUUUUGUCCUGUGUGGGGACUGGCUCACCUUCAUCCACCAGCACCCAGUUUGAUAUGGGCUCUGGCACAGAAAGCCCAGGGGUUACGUUGUUGCCGCCUUUCCUAAGUGACCAGUCACAGCAUGUUAACGUCCAUGGGACCUUUCACCUCAUCUGUCAGGCAACUGGUCCCAGUGAUGUGCAUGUUAUUUGGGAGAAGAAUGGACAAAAAAUAGAUGUGUGUGUCUCUGUUCAGACUCACAUACUGCCUGAUGGCAAAGUAUACUUAUUUAGUUGGGUCAAAGACACACUAAGAGAAAGUUCGGAGUAUUGUUGUUCUUUUUUCUCUAAGACAGGAAAUAAGGCCUCCAAAGCAUGGAUCACCGUGGACAGACAAGAGGCCACUCAUCAAGAAAGCUGGACUAGAGAGCUCAAUAAUUGGAAGACUGUGGUUAAUGAGCAUGACCAAAUGAUGCAGAACUGGAAAAAAGCAUGGGAAAGCUGUAAUGAGGAGACCUAUUUAAACAAGAGGCUGGAGAAAAACUGAUGAAAAACCAUGGAAAUUAAAGUUGCUUCUAUUCCAACUAUACUUCAAGGAAGAUUCACAUAUCUUAAAGCUGGAAGUCAGUUCUUCAAAAGCAGCUGAUGAGAAUGGAAAAAUUAGACAAAGAUUUUUGUGACUAUUUUGAAAGUUCUUCAAAAAUCAAACCAAACCAAACCCAGCUACUAAUGAGCUAUUCACAGUUGGAACACUAGUUUCUCUUGAGGCAUGGAAAUUCAUGUUGUGUUCACUAAUACAGGAACAUACAUAUAAUCCCAUCAUGAUUUAUUUUGGAAAAUGAAGGUGGACAAUGUGACUACUUGUACACAGGCCAAAGAGAAUCAAUAUGAUCUUUUGUUGCAAGUUCUUAGUCAAAAUGAUUUGAGGCUAUCUAUAGUUAAGGCUGAUCAAUAAAUGUAAAGUAUCUAAAUAUAUUUUAAUUAGUUUUUUAAAAAAUUCUUUUCCUCCACAAAACUAAUCUUUAAUUUGUUUGGAAAAGUAUUCCUUUUUCUUUCCAGCUCAGAAGCAGCUAGGGGGUAUGGUGAUUAUAGAGCUGAAAUCCUACAUUUACUGUAUGUCUGUAGGUAAGUCAUUUAAUAUCGCUCAGUCUCACCUUCCUAAUCUGUAAAAUGGAGAUAACAAUGUCAUCUGCCUCAAAGAGGUCAAUUGGGAUAAUACACAUACAACACCACCUUAAAAUCAUUCUAUACCUAUUAUUAGUAUUGCCAGGGAAAAAAGAUAAAGAAUAAGGAUGAUAUCAUAAAAGCCUAUUUUUGACCAGGCUUGUGGUUCAUUAUCUAGCUUUUAUAACUUCCAUUCAUAUCGCUACAAUUUUUAUUCAUCCAAUUCUCUUAGAUUUGGGAAAGUAAAAUUUUAUAAUUAGUGUUUCUGUUGAAACAAAUCUCUGGUUGAGGUUAGUGAAUGAACUGAGGAAAAGGAUUCUAAUUUAUUCAUUCAAAUUAUUCUUGAUUCCAUUAUUAGGAAUAAGCAAGUUACUAUGAUCUAUUUCUAUACUGUCUUGUAAUAGAUGAUGAUUUAUGCCUUCAUAAAAGUCUGUGCUUCACUUAGUAUUAUUUUUAAUCAUGGAAGUCUUUUACAUAGCAAUCUUUAACAGUUUGUGUUUUCUUAUAUUUCAGUUUUUAGUGAACCAUUUAUGGAUAUAAGCCUGUGCACAUACCUUAAAAAGAUAAAAGUGACAAGAUUUUUAUUGUUAAAAUUUAAGUUUCAUAUUAGGAUUCUAAUUUAAUCCCAAAUGGUCCAUUUUUUGUUUGGUAUUAGAACAUCUUAAACAAGUCUAGUAAAGAAUUUGUGUUUGUGUUAAAUGAAAGGUAUUUUUCACUAUAUAAUUCAAAUUCUCUAGUGCUUGAUCGUAGUUCUUAAUAUUCCCAUACUGUUUUAUUUUAGUUUUAUAUAAAUUCAGAACAAUGAGUUUCAAAAGCAUUUUUAUAGAAGUGGCAUAGCGGUUUUUUUUCUGUUAGCUUUAGUUUACUAAGACAUUUAAUUUGUCCAACAAUGAACAGAGUACUGUAUCAGAACAUGUCACGUUACUAAUAGGAUUAAAUAUUUUAUCCAAAGUGUAAACCAUGAUUUAACUCUAGGUUAGCUACCUGUGUUGUGUGUCAGUGCUCAGAUCCUCACACUACCAGCCUUGACUGAAUCAAGAUUUAAUGAUAUGUUUAGUCCAGGAGCAACUGUGUAACAGGCUUAUGUUAUAACCCUUUUGGGUCUUCUGUCAAAAGAUUUACAGGAGUUCCUGUAGUUUUUACUAUGGGUAUGGAGCAGAAUGUAGGAUAUAUGACAAGCAAAUUAAUGAUUUUCUGUAAAGAAUCAACCUUUUUUUUUUUUUAAACCAUAAAAUUUAUCAUGAUAGAAUUGUCUAUGUGUACUUUAUACACUAGGAAAAAUAACAUUUAGCUUACUAAAUUAUAUGUAUCUGCUUUGGUUUCAUUUGUAAAGAUUACUGUUUGGUACGCUGUAUUGUUACAAGUGAAAAAAAUUAGAUCACCUCUUGUUACAUGCAUUUAUUUUUUAUAGAAAGCUGUACCCAUUAUAUAUCUUAAUGAAAUUAA